AUGGUUAAAAACGUUCUUUUGCUAGGAUCUGGGUUUGUUGCCCAACCAGUUGUCGAUGUUCUAGCAGCCACUGAAGGCAUCAAUGUCACAGUUGCUUGUAGAACUUUGGCUAAAGCGCAAGAGCUGGCCUCUGCGUCGAAAUCCGCUGCUAUGUCAGUGGAUGUUACCAAAGAUGAAGAAUUGGACGCUGCCUUGUCGAAGCACGACUUGGUUAUUUCUUUGAUUCCAUACAUUUACCACGCUGCCGUGGUCAAGAGUGCGAUCAGACUUAAGAAAGACGUUGUCACUACCUCUUACGUUUCGCCAGCUUUGAAGGAGUUAGAGCCUGAGAUCAAGAAAGCCGGCAUCACUGUCAUGAAUGAAAUUGGUUUGGACCCUGGUCUCGACCACUUGUACGCUAUCAAAACCAUCGAUGAAGUUCACAAGGCUGGUGGUAAGAUCAAGUCCUUUUUGUCAUACUGCGGUGGUCUACCAGCUCCUGAAAACUCCGACAACCCUCUUGGUUACAAGUUCUCGUGGUCGUCCAGAGGUGUCUUGUUGGCCUUGAGAAACUCGGCCAAGCUAUGGAAGGACGGAAAAAUUGAGGAAGUUAGCUCAGAAGAUUUGAUGGCCUCUGCCAAGCCAUAUUUCAUUUUCCCAGGCUUUGCUCUAGUGUGCUACCCUAACAGAGACUCGACUCCCUUCAAGGAACUCUACGAGAUCCCAGAAGCUGACACUAUCAUCAGAGGCACAUUGAGAUUCCAAGGCUUCCCUGAGUUCGUAAAGGUUUUGGUGGACGUUGGCAUGCUCAAAGACGACGAAACCGAAAUAUUCCAGAAGCCAAUUGCGUGGAAAGAAGCCCUUCACCAAUACUGGGGUAGCAAGUCUUCUUCUAAGGAAGAUUUGAUCUCUGCCAUUGAUGCCAAGACUAAGUGGGUCACUGAAGAAGACAGAGAAAGAAUCUUGAACGGUUUCGGCUGGUUGGGUCUUUUUUCUGACAACAAGAUCAAGCCAAAGGGCAACGCUUUAGAUACCUUAUGCGCUACUCUUGAAGAAUUGAUGCAGUUCGAAGAAGGCGAGCGUGACAUGAUCAUCCUACAACACAAAUUCGGCAUUGAGUGGGCUGACGGCACUCCAGAAACCAGAACCUCUACUUUAGUCGCGUACGGCCAGCCAGGUGGUUACAGUGCUAUGGCUGCCACCGUUGGCUUGCCAUGCGCCAUUGCUACUAAGCAAGUCUUGGAGGGUAAAAUAAAAGGACCAGGGUUGGUUGUUCCAUACAGUCCUGAAAUUAAUGACCCUAUCAUGAAGGAGUUGAAGGAGAAGCACGGUAUUUUCCUAACGGAAAAGACUAUUAGCUAA